GAAGUCUCGCGAGCCUCUCGGGCCGCGAUAGAUGCAGUGUUGGGUGCUGGACCGGCCCGCGGGCUCCGUGGGUCUGGCUCCGCUCGGCCCCCGCCUCCCGCCGGUCCUCCUCAGGGCGCUGGGUCCCGGGUCCUCAGCUCCCCCCCGGGCCGCUCCUCCUCAGAGCCCCACCCGCCCCUCGCCCCCGACCCGUCAGCCUCAGAGCUGCCUCAGCCCCGUCCACGGCGAGUCCUCCUCAGGGCGCUGGGUCCCGGGUCCCGGCCCCUCCCCCACCCGACGUCCUCGGGGGUUCCCACCAGGCCCCUGGCCGACCCCUCCCGGGGCCCCCGGCAGGAUGGGGGACAACACCAGCCCCAUCAGCGUGAUUCUGGUGAGCUCGGGGAGCCGGGGCAAUAAGCUGCUGUUCAGGUACCCUUUCCAGAGGAGCCAGGAGCACCCGGCGUCCCAGACGAGUAAGCCUCGUAGCAGAUACGCUGUCAACAGCACCGGAGAGCAUGCCGAAGACCAGGAUGGGGACCCCAGGUUUUCAGAUGUCAUUCUGGCAACAAUUUUGGCAACCAAGUCUGAAAUGUGUGGCCAGAAGUUUGAACUGAAGAUCGAUAACGUGCGGUUUGUUGGGCACCCGACGCUGCUGCAGCACACGCUGGGCCAGGUCUCCAAAACCGACCCGUCCCCAAAGAGGGAGGCUCCCACCAUGAUUCUUUUCAAUGUGGUGUUUGCACUGAGGGCCCACGCGGACCCGUCGGUGAUCAGCUGUCUGCACACUCUCUCCCGCCGCAUCGCCACCGUGCUGCAGCACGAGGAGCGCCGCUGCCAGUACCUCACGCGGGAGGCCAAGCUGAUCCUGGCGCUGCAGGACGAGGUGUCCGCCAUGGCUGACGCAAAUGACGGGCCUCAGUCCCCAUUCCAUCACAUCCUGCCCAAGUGCAAGCUGGCCAGGGACCUCAAGGACGCUUACGACAGCUUGUGCACGUCUGGCGUGGUGCGGCUCCAUGUCAACAGCUGGCUGGAGGUGAGCUUCUGCCUGCCCCACAAGAUCCACUACGCGGCCAGCAGCCUUAUCCCGCCAGAGGCCAUUGAGCGCAGCCUGAAGGCCAUCCGCCCGUACCACGCCCUGCUGCUGCUCAGUGAUGAGAAGUCCCUGCUGAGUGAGCUCCCCCUUGAUUGCUCCCCGGCCCUGGUGCGCGUGAUCAAGACCACGUCCGCUGUGAAGAACCUGCAGCAGCUGGCCCAGGACGCAGACCUGGCCUUGCUGCAGGUUUUCCAGCUUGCAGCCCACCUGGUGUACUGGGGCAAGGCCAUCGUCAUCUACCCGCUGUGUGAGAACAAUGUCUACAUGCUGUCUCCCAACGCCAGCGUGUGUCUGUAUUCCCCGCUCGCCGAGCAGUUCUCACGCCAAUUUCCAUCUCACGACCUGCCAUCUGUCCUUGCAAAGUUCUCCUUGCCUGUCUCCUUGUCAGAAUUCAGGAACCCCCUGGCCCCCCCUGUGCAGGAGACGCAGCUCGUCCAGAUGGUGGUGUGGCUGCUGCAGCGCCGGCUCCUCGUGCAGCUGCACACCUACGUCUGCCUGAUGGCCGCGCCCAGCGAGGACGAGCCCCGCCCCCGCGAGGACGACGCGCCCCUGGCCGCCAGGGUGGGCGGCCGCAGCCUCAGCACGCCCAACGCCCUCAGCUUUGGCUCCCCAACCAGCAGCGACGACAUGACCCUCACUAGCCCCAGCAUGGACAACUCCAGCGCUGAGCUGCUCCCCAGUGGGGACUCGCCACUGAACAGGAGGAUGACGGAGAGCCUGCUGGCCAGCCUGUCCGAGCACGAGCGGGCCGCCAUCCUCAGCGUGCCUGCGGCCCAGAACCCGGAGGACCUCCGCAUGUUUGCCAGGCUCCUGCACUACUUCCGCGGCCGCCACCACCUGGAGGAGAUCAUGUACAAUGAGAACACGCGGCGCUCCCAGCUGCUGGCGCUCGUGGACAAGUUCCGCAGCGUGCUGGUGGUGACCACCCACGAGGACCCGGUCAUCGCCGUCUUCCAGGCCCUGCUCACGUGAGCUGGGCGGGGGCACUGCCUCUCAGCCCUGGCUCUCUCCCCCUGCGGGGCCUUGCUCUCCUCAUCUUUGUCUUCAGGACAGCCUCAGACGCCCUGGGCUGGGAAGGUGAAGCUCGAGGCAGGGGUGUGACCAGCACGCGGGCCUCUUGAGGGCUGCAUGCCUCCCACGCGGUUCUGCCUGUGUCCCUCGCCACCCUGUCUGCCUGUGGGCACCCUCCCUAGCUCCACCCUCCCCACUGUCCUGUGUUGGCCUCCCGGAGGCUGUGGCCUAGCGGUCUCCUCCAUGGCCAUCUGAGGCAACAGGACCUGGCUCAGGACGUCCUGUGGGGAGUUGCUCUCUCUGCUUCCCAUGGGGGUGCGUCUGCCAGGGUGGCCUCAGGCCUGAGAGAAGGUGGGCACAGUGGCCCUGGGUCCUCCCGGAGCAGAGCUGGCUGCCAGGGGGGCUCUGGCCAAGGUGCAAGGGACACUUUUCUAGAAACAGCGUUUAUUUCGUUUGUAAACAAUUAAAGUCCUUGUGGGAGCAG